GAGAGAGAGAGAGAAAGAGAGAGAGAGAGAUAAAUGUAACCUAGGAUCUAUGGUUGUUUGCAUGUAUAGAAAACAAUUGAUAAAAGAUUUUACACCUAACCCAUAUAGUGUAAAAUAUAAUGAAAUUGUAGAUCAUUUGUUAAAAGAAUCAGUCGAAGAUUUUGAAAAGAACGGUAAAUUUUCAGAUAAAAUAUUACUAAAAUUAUAUAAUGUUUUUGGUGAGGUAUUUGAAAGAGCAUUAGAGUUGUAUGAAGAAAAACGUGUAACACACAUUUCUUCAUCAACACCUGUCGCUAAAGGAGAUUGUUAUAAUAAAAAUAAUGCUCGUUGGUUGUUACAAGUAAAAGGUUUUUCAGGAAUCAUAUAUACGCUUUUCCCUGAAAUCAAUUUUUGUACAUGUCUUUCGUUCAGGAAUCAAGUAAUAGAUAACAGAGUAAUAUUUACUUGUAAACACGUUUUAGCUUGUUGGUUAGCUACAAUCGAUAAGGAAAAAUUAUUGUAUCAACAAAUUACCUCACAACAAUUUCAACAUUUUUUAUUGUAUCAAUCUUUCUCUAAUCAUACUGCCACAUGUUUCGCUACAGAAAAUGGAAUAAAAGUAACUGUCGAAGAUGCCAAAUGUAUGCAAGCAAAUGCUUACAUUUCAAAACCUCUUUUUGUAGAAUAUUAUUUAAAGGAGGAUGGUAUUGGUAAUCCAUUGAGCGUAGUUAUUGAAGAAAAUGGUGUUAUAACAGAUUGUUCGUUGAAAACUCAAAAUCCAGAAGGUUUAUUAGAUUUUUAUUUAGAAGAACAGAACGUUUAUAGUAGAGUCGUGUUAAAAACAGAAUUAUUAAAGGAUAUCUUGACUGAGCUUGAUCCAACGAGUGAGAUAAUAGAGCUAUUAUUGUCUCCCGAGGAACCAUUUUUUAGAAUAAGUACUAAUGGAUUAGCUGGUAUAUGUCAUAUUGAACUACCUCAUGAUGGAGAUAUGAUAGAAAAUUUUAAAUGUCAAGCUGCGGCUACAACUAAAUAUAAGUUAGCACAUAUUAAGCCAGCAAUGAAAGCAUUAUCUUGCGCUUAUAAAACGUCUUUAAGAACAGACACUUGUGGAUUAUUAUGUUUUCAAUAUAUGAUUAAAACUGAGGAAGGCAAUGUGUGUUACGUCGAAUAUUAUAUUUCUCCAGUAAUAGAUAUGGAUUAAGAAGAAUAUUCUUAAUAAAGGAUUCCUUUUUUUUUAUUUUUAUAUAUAAUAUGUAUUAUUUUAUAAACACGUAUAAGGAAAAUAACAAAGUAGUUAUUUUAAAGUAAUAUUUUUUUAUUGGUAGAAAAAACAGUGACAAUUUCUUAUAAACAUAUAAUAUGUGGCAAAAUAAAUGAUUCGAUUAUUUUGUGCUAAAGACAUUAAACGAUUAGUAACAAUAUUCGGCUAUUUUUUUUUUUUGUUAUUUUUGCUAGUUCUUUAAGUUUAUACAAAAAUUUGCAUUUGUCAUCAAAUGAGUAAAAUUUCUUUAAUAUCAUAUCAGUUCUCUACAUACUUGCAUGUAAUUU